CACUCAUGGCAGCGCAGCAUUUUCAAGCAGUCAGCGGGGCCUUCAUGGAUUCCCCAUACAAUGGCAGCACAUCCCUUCAGACUUCCACCUCUAACCUCAAUGCUAACUUCUCACGACCAGCUGAGCAAGAAGAGGAGGGCAAGUUCUCCAGCGAUGCCAUCUGGCUGUGGGUAGCUGUCAUUGCAACCAUUGGCAACAUAGUGGUGGUAGCAGUGGUUUGUGCCUGUGCCUUUUAGACCCCGUAGUCUGCAAGAACACAGCCUGAA